GUUAGAAGUAAAUGUCAAAAUCGUUUAUUCAUAUUUUCUUACCCCUAGAAUUGUUUUGUAUCUUCAUAAAUAAAAAUGAAGUGAAUGAAUCAAUGUCCAGAUGUGACUUCCUGCGAUUAGUCUAAAUAUUGUACAUGCUUUCAUACAAACGUACUUGUAUGCACACAAUUGUACACAUAUAUGUAUUCUGUAUAUUACACACAUAUAAGACACAUACGUGAAUGUAAAUACAAAGAUACAGAAAAUAUAUAUCUACAUUCUUGACUAAAUUCUUUCAUCUGAUUAAAGAUCUUCAUACUGAAAGGAUAUAAACUUAUAUUGUAACAGAAUUACAACUGAAUCAUGCAUAAUAUUUAAACAAAUUAUAGAUUAAAUGAAUAUCUAAAUACAUGAUAUUCUGUAGUUAAUUAUAAUCAUAAUCUUUACCUUCCAAGUUCUUGAUAAACAUGACGAAACAAAAACAUUUUAUUACGUUUUAUUCAACUAUUACACUAAUAUUGGUUUCGAAUUUUGUGACUGCUCAGAUAUCAUCUCCAAAUGAAGCACUUGGGCCUCCUGGACCGAGGGGUGAUCCAGGGCCACCUGGUCCAGAAGGCGGAAUCGGAGCACCAGGUUCUCGUGGACCACCUGGUCCCCCGGAAUAGAUGGUGAACGUGGGCAGGCAGGACCUGCUGGGACGCCUGGGACACCGGGACGCGAUGGGAGACCUGGAGUCCCAGGAGUUCAGGGCUCACCUGGACCUCAAGGGAUUGUUGGACCACCAGGAGAACCCGGGGGUGAGGGAAGUCCCGGACCACAAGGUUAUCAAGGUCAAACAGGAGACAAAGGUGAUACUGGCUUUGAUGGGCAUAAAGGUUCUCAAGGACCUAUGGGACCACAAGGACCUCAAGGACCAACGGGACCCGUUGGCCCGCCAGGUCCCAUGGGUCCACCUGGACCCUCUGGUCCAAGAGGUGAAACUGGUCCUACUGGAAGAGCUGGAGUGAUGGGACCGCAAGGUCCAAUAGGUAACCCUGGAAGACCUGGGGCAUCAGGACCUGCUGGACAGAAAGGGGAUCGCGGUUUGACUGGAGCAAAAGGAGAAAAAGGUGAAAAGGGUCCUACAGGAACACCAGGACAUCCAGGGUUGAGCAAAGAACGUGGGAUUCAGGGUGAAAUCGGUCAUGAUGGACGUCCAGGUGUUCGAGGUGAACCAGGUCAAAGAGGACCAGAAGGAUCCAUGGGAGUAGCAGGAAGACCGGGGGAGAGAGGGACGAUGGGACGCUCAGGACUUCAGGGUCCAAAAGGGGCACAAGGUGAACCAGGUUCAGUUGGAGUAGAAGGGCCGACAGGAAUCCAGGGUCUUAAGGGUGAGAAAGGUCAACUUGGACGUCCAGGUGAACGUGGAGAGACCGGGCCACGUGGUGAGCGGGGACCUAUGGGCCCUAUAGGAAUCAAGGGUGCACAAGGAGAACUUGGCAUGGCUGGAAGCCCUGGAAGUCCAGGAUUAGAUGGACAACCUGGACUCAGUGGUAGUCCUGGAGAACCUGGAGCACCGGGUGAGCAAGGACUUUCAGGUCCUCCAGGACCACCUGGACGUCCUGGUCUUGAUGGGGCUCCUGGUGCUAGAGGUGAAAAUGGUGCACAUGGAAUGAAUGGAGUACCUGGAAUUAAGGGAGGAUCAGGACCAAUGGGGCCAGUAGGUCUGCCGGGAGCAAGUGGGACACCUGGACACGCAGGACCAAUGGGACCUAUGGGACCAGUUGGCCCAAGAGGACCGACGGGUGCGAUAGGACCUGCUGGAGAACAAGGAAUGAAAGGUGCAACUGGACUACCUGGUGGUCAUGGAGACAGUGGAGAUGUAGGUGAUCCUGGACCUGACGGUGACACAGGUCCGGAAGGUCCUGUGGGCGCUGUUGGACCUCCAGGACUUCCAGGUCCCGUUGGUGAUCAAGGCCCUGAAGGCCCAGAAGGUGCAUCUGGUCCACCUGGUCCUGCAGGAUAUGACGGUCCACCGGGAAUGGAUGGGAAAGAUGGGUUAUCUGGCAAAGAUGGAAAACCCGGGCCACAAGGUGUACCAGGUGAACAAGGAGCAGUCGGAAAACCAGGUCGUAGAGGAGAUCGUGGACCACCUGGACCACAAGGAAAGAGAGGAUAUAAAGGUCAAGAGGGAGUAAUGGGACCUCCAGGAGUUUAUGGUGUUAUAGGCUUAGUCGGUGUUCCUGGAUCAAAUGGAGAAACUGGAGUAAACGGUACAGUUGGUGAUCCUGGUCUUCCCGGUCUACCUGGAACCGAUGGACGCCCGGGCUUACGUGGACAACCUGGAUUACGUGGCCCUCCUGGGCUUCCUGGAGUCGUUAAAGUUCAGCCUUCUACCAUAGGAGGAACAGGUUUGCCUGGUGAUCGUGGAAAUCCUGGUUCAUACGGACCCACUGGAGAACCAGGUCCUAAAGGAAGCGCGGGAGAAAGAGGAAUUACAGGUGAUCCCGGUGACCCAGGAGAUCGGGGUCUUUCGGGUCCACCUGGACCACCAGGACCUGAUGGCCAAACAGGAGUCGAUGGAGAAGACGGUCCAGAUGGCAUUCCAGGGGAUGACGGCCCCCCAGGACCUCCAGGACCCUUUGGAGAGCCCGGUCCGGCUGGGGAACAGGGUCCACAAGGCCCACCUGGGAACAAGGGAGCUAUGGGGAUGACUGGUCCUCGAGGUGAAACGGGCCAAAGAGGUGCACCCGGACCAACUGGAGCAACGGGAGAUGUUGGAGAGCCUGGUUUGACAGGGUCUCCGGGGCCUAACGGAAAUAUAGGAAGAAAAGGACCGACCGGGCAACGCGGACAACCUGGAGCAAGAGGGAAGCAAGGAGAUGCUGGAGAGCCGGGUAAAACGGGGGAGCCGGGUCCCCAUGGGUAUCCAGGAUUUAUGGGGCCCCCAGGAGAGCCUGGUCCGGAGGGUCCUGCUGGUAGUGAGGGUAGUGAAGGCCCUCCUGGAGAACAAGGACCUCCUGGAAAGCAUGGAGAGCUUGGCGAGGUUGGGGAUGUGGGUGAUGCAGGGCCACCUGGAAGAGCAGGACCACCAGGUCGUCGUGGUCAUCCUGGUUUUCCAGGUCCCAGAGGACCGCCUGGAGAGGUUGGAAAACCUGGAGAACCCGGACCAGUCGGACCUAUUGGACGUGCAGGUAUGCGUGGACCUCGGGGAUCUGUUGGUGGUGUUGGAGUUGCAGGAAGUAAAGGGGAACAAGGACUUGCUGGAGCUCCAGGGUCCCCAGGAGAAACAGGACCCAGAGGAGAUACUGGAGAAUCAGGCAUUCCUGGGAAAGAUGGUCGUCCAGGGAAACAGGGAGAGCCAGGUCCUAAAGGAGCUCCCGGAGGGAAGGGCCCAACCGGACCUCCUGGACCCCCGGGUUUGGAUGGUCCUGUGGGGUACCCAGGAGAUCAAGGACCAAGAGGCCCUUCUGGUCCGAUUGGAGAACGAGGUCCGAUGGGCGCUCGGGGUUCGCGUGGUGAUCGAGGAGAUCCUGGUGAGGUCGGGCCACUUGGCCCUCCUGGUAGAGAUGGGGAACUAGGUCCACCCGGUCCACAAGGUCAAUCAGGACCUCCUGGCCUGCCUGGCCCACCUGGUCAAAUUGUAUCCAUGCAGGCACGAGCUUCAAGAACUAAAGGAAUAAUGUAUGGAGAUGAUCCUGCAAUCAAAAGGAGAUUUGGAAAUAUUGAAAUAACUACUCCCCAAGGAACUGCAGAACUGCCUGCCCGAACUUGUGCACAUUUGGCUGACAUGCAUCCUAAAAAACCUGAUGGUGAAUACUGGAUUAACCCUAUCGGUGACAUUAUAAGCAGUCCUACUAAAGUCAAUUGUCUUAUGAAAACUAAAGAAACGUGUAUCAAGCCAAAACAAUCCAAGAUUUCUAUGAAAAAAAUACCUCCUACUAUGAAUAGUAGAUUUUGGCUUCAAGAAAUAAGUGAAGUUAAUGAGUUAAACUAUGCUAUUGAAUCAGAACAAUUGAAUUUUUUAAAAUUAUCAAGUGAUAUGGCUGUACAACGUAUAACUUUAUCCUGUUCUGGAUUAUCAGAUAUGACAAUUAAUUCUACUAUAUCAUUAGCUGAAAAUAUUCGUCUGUUAGGUGAUGAUGAUACAGUUUUAGAAAGAUAUCAUCCACUACGUAAAUUUCACAUUGAACAAGAUCAAUGUGGAAAGAUUACCAGUGGUUAUACAACUGUUUUAAUUAGUGGAAAUCCGAGUAAACUACCUAUUCGUGACAUUAAUUUUAUACAUCUGGAUACAAUUAACUAUGAAUUGAUUCUUGGUGAUGUUUGUUAUACAACGUACUUAGGAAAAGUUGUUUCUUUGAAACACAGUUACAAUAAUUAAAUUAUUUCAAAGUUAACACAAGUAUAAAAUAAAAUGAUUUAUCAUGGAAUUAGAUGUUAUAAUAAAUGAUUAUAAUAAUUCAUAAUUACUGAGUAAUAUCCUCUAUUAUAUUAAAAUAAUUUCUGUACACAAAUCAAAGAAAGUAAAUAAAUGUUUAUUAGAAUGUUGAAUACGUUUUGUUUUGAAUUUUAAAGAAUUGUAAAGUUUAUUGAAUCUUAUAUUAUACUUUGGCGGCCCGCUUGAAUAUCUGGGGUAUCUGUUUUUGUGAUAUCAACAUAUAUCAACAAGUUACUUAUCUUUUGUUUGUUUUGACACAUCAUUAUGGCCCUUAUUCGUAUAUUCUAUUUGGGUGGGUUUAUGAAAAGUUUACAAUCCUUAGCUGUACAAUAUACAAAAAAGUACAAUCAGAGACAUUGUGUUGUAUGUUAAUAUGCAUUGAAAAGAAUGAUCAUUGUUCAGAUUCCGAUUCCUGAACUGCUAAAAUCUAACUGAUGAUAACUUAAUAUUUAUCGUCAGGAUAGAUGAUGAAAUAAAGAGAGGAAACUUGAUGAAAUACUUUGUGCUGAGAAUUCUACAUUGUACCAAAACUAUGAUAUUGAAUAAAG